UGAUAAGGGCGGAAACAGGUGCAAUGGUGCCCCCCCCCCCCCCUCCCCCGUUUCGCGGUGCCUUUGGAAGUCACAUGGCUCAUUGAGGGGCCCUACAAACACUACUUAAUUUGUUUUCUGCGUCUAGACUCUUGACUAUCAUUUCCUGUCAGGUGUGGUUGUCGUCUCUGCACCCUGAAUAGAGGUAACCUCAAAGUUUUAAUACUUGUAUGGGCCUCCACCAAGGGCCCUCCAUGUCAUGUGUGACUAUUGGUGCUGAGUUACAGUAUCUGUCCUGACUAAGUCUCCAGGCAUGGUGUGGUGUACACACUUGGUUACCUGUGUGUGUUAACAGACAAACAUGCAGAAUGACACCCAGAACAAACAAAAAAACAUUAAACCUCCAGAUUUAUGUCCAAUUCGAGAUGGCUGACAACUGAUUGCUGUAAGACAGCCAAUGUGUCUGAGCAAUUGCUUAGUGUUACUGGUUAAUAUUGGCUAUAUUAACACAUCCACAUCUUGCUUCCUGAUUCAAGAAGUACUCCUGUGUUGUUAUACAUGUCUUCUACUAACCUUCAAACCUCUUGGAAAACCAUAGGAAAGAGUUUAAAGAUCAAAACCUUGCAAUGUCUUCUGACAGACCUCACUUGGUCAGCACACUGACCCAUGCUGGGCAUGGAAAAGGGAAAAGAAAAUGGACCUGGCAUGAUGACAUAGGUGAAGUGUUUGGUCACCCCUAGAGUGCACGAGUCCCAAGUUUGAUUGAUGUAAUUUCCAUAUUUGUGUUUCUUCGUGUGCGUAACUGUUGACUUUGAGAAUAUGUUGAAUGAUACAUACAUUAUUUUUGAUGAAAUGUAUGUACAUCAGUUUGAUGUACUAGUUGUACAAGACCAAGCUUUUACUUGUUGUUUACAGUUUUCAUUGUGUCCUGCAUCUCCAUCUGUUGAUCUUUUUGGUAUCACUGAGUAAUAUAUGUAAUUGUGAAUUGUGCGAGGCCAUUGUACUGUUGGCUGCACUGAAUACUACAGAUCUUGGAACCUUUUUUUUAAAUCAGAAAAUUUGCUAUCAAAGAUUUUUUUAUUCACAGCUAUCUCUAUAAAUUUAGAUGUAUAUAUAAAUUUUAAGUAGGAGGCAUCUUAAUAGAUGAUAUUUUUCUUUCCCAUAAUUUAAGUGAAAGAGUGCACCUUAUUACCUGCAUAUUAAAAAGAAACUUUGAAUAUACCUUAAAAAGUGUGAGUACACUGUUUUGAAACAGCACAUCUAAUACACAUCACUUCAGAUCGGGAUUCUCAUCAUUACACAGCACCGGCAGGCCUUCCCUCACUCCAUAUGCAUGGUGAGCAAGAUGCUAUGAUCUUAUGGUCUCCUAACACCCAGCACGACCCUUUACCACUGGCUGAACUUUAACCUUUGGGUUGCUGCAAAGUUGUCAGGGCAUCUAAAACCAAAGCUCUCUUGACAGAUAGUGAAGUUGGAAAGGCUGAGAAAGCUGAAAGGAAAAGAACACAGACUUUUGAGGAUCAAGUUUGGAAGUCACUCGUUCUCAAGACUUUAGUUAUGAUGGGUAAAGAAGCUGAUGAAGGAUCUAAAGUAUAAGACCUCGACGGCUCAGGACCACCAAGUAUUAUGAUGCAUGCAGCUGCCGACGCAGAUUUUGAGGCAGACGAGUCCCAGUACCUCCUCUCAGACACCGACACAGAGACCCGCAACUUCAGGAUGACGGGCUCACAGAGGCUCUGUUGCCUCUCCUACUGUGUGCGGAACUGUUUGUCCCGGCUCUGUGAAGGUCUAGUCAACUGCUGCACGCGUCGCCGCCAGCUCGCAGCACGCUCGGUCCGAGUCGGCCACCCAACCGUCGAGAAGUUCCCUCCCAACGUAAUACGAAAUCAAAAGUAUAAUUUCCUCACCUUUAUUCCAAUGGCAUUAUUCGAGCAGUUCAAGAUGUUCCUGAACCUGUACUUCUUAGUCAUGGCCACGUCACAGUUCAUCCCGGAGCUUCGGAUUGGCUACCUCUACACCUACUGGGGACCCCUGGGGUUCGUCAUCAUGGUAACAAUGAUCCGCGAGGCCAUUGAUGACAUACGUCGGCGGCAGCGAGACAAUGAGGUCAACCAACAGAAGUAUGAGAAGAUGACGGCUCACGGAGGGCAGCGCACCGUCACCAGCGCCAACAUCAGAGUCGGGGACCUCAUAUUCGUGGAGAAGGACCAGCGAGUGCCAGCGGAUGUAGUCUUCCUACGCACCACAGAGGCGAGUGGCACCUGCUUCAUCCGCACGGACCAGCUGGACGGUGAGACAGACUGGAAGCUGCGUCUUGCUGUGCCCGUCACCCAGAAGCUGGAGACGAACGAGGAACUCUUCUCCAUGGAUGCCACGGUGUAUGCGGAGAAGCCCCAGAAGGACAUACACAACUUCAUAGGGACGUUCACUAAGCAUGACACGUCGACGGAGGAAUCCCUGUGCGUGGAGAACACCGUGUGGGCGGGGUCAGUGGUGGCGUCGGGCAGGCUCCUGGGGCUGGUCAUCUACACCGGUUGUGAGACUCGCGCCGUCAUGAACAAUGCUGCGCCGAGGUCGAAGGUCGGACUCCUUGACCUUGAGAUUAACAACUUAACGAAGCUGUUGUUCGUGGCGGUGCUGGGCCUGACCGUGGUGAUGAUGUGCCUCAAGGGUUUCAGCGGCCCCUGGUACCGCUACUUCUUCCGCUUCAUGCUGCUCUUCUCCUACAUCAUUCCCAUCAGUCUGCGAGUCAACCUGGAUGUCGGGAAGGCCUUCUACUCGUGGGUGAUCCACCGUGACAAGGAGAUGCAGGGCACAGUGGUCCGCUCCACCACCAUCCCCGAGGAGCUGGGCCGCAUCACCUACCUGCUCACCGACAAGACUGGCACCCUCACCCAGAAUGAGAUGGUCUUCAAGAUUCUCCACCUUGGCACCGUGGCUUAUGGGACUGACACUUUCGAUGAGGUCUCGGCACACGUGUCCACCUUCUUCGGCAAGGACAGCAGCAGCAGCAGCAGCCAGGGAGCCACGGCCACACCCACACGCAUGCGCAGGACAGUGGUGACACGUGUGGGGGAGGCUGUAAAGGCCAUCGCGCUGUGCCAUAACGUGACACCGGUGUACGAGGAAGGCGUCAACCCUGCCUUAGAGGAGACUGAGGACAUCCAGAUCGCUCACAAUGUUAACUACCAAGCCUCCAGCCCUGACGAGGUGUCACUGGUGCGCUGGACGGAGAGUGUUGGGCUGCCAUUGGUGCAUCGUGACCUGACCACUCUGACCUUACGAACACCCCAGGGCAAGAUGCUCACCUAUACUGUGCUCCAGAUCUUCCCUUUCACCUCGGAGUCCAAGAGGAUGGGAAUCAUUGUUAGGGAGGAGUCAACGGGGCAGGUGGUGCUGUACAUGAAGGGCGCCGACACCGUGAUGGCGUCCAUGGUGGAGUACAAUGACUGGCUGGAGGAGGAGUGCAUCAACCUGGCGCAGAAGGGCCUCCGCACGCUGGUGGUGGCCCGCAAGGUGCUCACCACGGAACAGUACACUCACUUUGAGCAAAUGUACAACGCGGCCAAACUGAGUGUGACGGAGCGAGGGAGUCGAGUGGCGGCGGUGGUGGAGACGCUGGAGUGUGACCUGGAGCUGCUGUGCCUGACGGGGGUGGAGGACAAGCUACAGACCAAUGUUAAGCAGACUCUGGAGGUGCUGAGGAACGCUGGCAUGAAGAUCUGGAUGCUUACGGGUGACAAACUUGAGACAGCCACCUGCAUCGCCAAGAGUUCCCGGCUCGUGUCCCCCAACCAGGGAAUGCACAUCAUGGGUUCCCUGGGCUCGAGGCGGGAGGCUCAUCUGGAACUCAAUGCCCUCAGGAGGAAGAGUGACUCCGCCCUCAUUAUAAAGGGGGACGCCUUGGAGACCUGCCUUCAGUACUACGAGCACGAGCUGAUGGACUUGGCGGUGCAGUGUCCGGUGGUGGUGGUGUGCAGGUGCUCCCCCACACAGAAAGCAGCAGUUGUACGCCUGAUCCAGCGACACACAGGGAAGCGCACAGCAGCGGUGGGCGAUGGUGGGAAUGAUGUGUCCAUGAUCCAAGCGGCAGAUGCAGGCAUUGGCAUCGUUGGCAAGGAAGGCAAGCAGGCAUCACUGGCGGCCGACUUCAGCAUCGAGCAGUUCCAGCACAUCUCCCGCCUCUGCCUCGUUCAUGGUCGCAACUCGUACAAGCGAUCGGCAGCGCUGUCCCAGUUUGUCAUGCACCGCGGCCUCAUCAUCUCCACCAUGCAGGCCAUCUUCUCCUCCAUAUUCUAUUUCUCCAGCGUGGCGCUCUACCAAGGCUUCCUCAUGGUUGGGUAUGCUACGAUCUACACCAAUUUCCCUGUGUUCUCCCUCGUCCUGGAUCACGACGUUUCCCCCACCAUUGCCCUCACCUACCCUGAGCUGUACAAGGACCUCACCAAAGGGCGCUCCCUCUCCUACAAGACCUUCUUCGUGUGGGUGCUCAUUAGUGUGUACCAAGGCGGUGUGUUGAUGUACGGUGCGAUGCUGCUGUUUGAGGACGAGCUGAUCCAUGUUGUGAGCAUCAGCUUCACGUCGCUCAUCCUGACGGAGCUCCUGAUGGUGGGCCUCACUGUGCGCACCUGGCAUCCCCUUAUGGUGGUGGCACAGUUCCUCUCCCUCGGCUUCUAUGCGCUGUCAGUCAUCUUCAUGCACUACUUUGACUGGGAGUUCAUCAAAUCCAAGGACUUCUUCUGGAAGGUCCUCGUCAUCACCCUCGUCUCCUCCCUGCCUCUGUACAUCCUCAAGUUCCUGAGACGCAAGUUCACGCCACCAACCUACUCGAAGCUGGAGGAGCUGAACACCUUUGGAAGCUCAAGCCUCUCACAAAACCCUUGAGGAGGUUGUCAAGGUGUUGGAAGUCUGACUGAUGACAGGGUGUAUAUAGGAAAGACACGGCACUGUUUGGAAGGGCUGGUUGACAGGGUGUACAGAGGUGUCAGAGUAUGUGUGAGGAGUGAAGAAGACAGGAUUGUAGAGUAGCGCAUAAGAAGGACUGAGGUCUCAUAGGGGCUUAGAAGGGAAGGAAGGAGGAUGAUGGGCAGUGGGUAGUAUAUUGAAUGUGUGACAGAAGUGGUCUAGAUUUGGUAUAGUCGGGUGAGACAGAGCACUGGUAUGGUACAUAGGAAGAAGCCAGGGUGUUGGUUAAGUGCGCCAGAGAAGAAAAAGUAUUUAUUCUGUUUGUCUAAGAGAUGUCCAGGGUAUGCAAGGGAGAAUGAGUGAGUGAAAGGUCGUAAAAUAUUCCUCCUACUAACUAAGCUGCCAUGCGUAAUUAGAAGUGAAGGAAGCGAGGCAAACUAAUAAGAAAUUGUGUGUCUUCCACCAUUGUAUCUAAAUUUACGGAGAUGGUGAAGUGCUGGUGAUAUAGGAGAUAGAGGAGGUGUGAGAGGUGGGUAAACAGGGCAUUUGAAGGGAAAAAUAUUGGUUGGAAUUGGGAGAUGAAAUAAAAGAAAAAAAGGGGAAUGUAAGGGGGGGAAAAUUGGUGUCAGGAUAUGAAAUAAAAGUAGAUAUUGUGAAUGUGAAGGGAAAUAAAAUUGGUGUUGGGAGAUUAAAUAAAAGUAUAAAAAGGGCAUUUGAAGGGAAAAAGUGAUUGGCAUUGGGAGAUGACAUAAAGUGAAAAAGAGCAUUUGAAAGGGAAAAACACUGGUAUUAGGAGAUUAAAUAAAAGUAGAAAUUGGAAAUGUGAAGGGAAAUAAAACUGGUGUUGGGAGAUGAAAUAAAGGUAAAAAAAGGGGCAUUUGAAGGGAAAUAAAAUUGGUAUUGGGAGAUGAAAUGAAAGUAAAAAUUGGGAAUAUGAAUGAGGAUAAAAUUAGUGUUGGGAAAUGAGAUAAAAGUGAAUAAGGUAUAAGUUAUGUAGGAAAUGGAAGAGUAAGUAAAAAAGUCUAUCUUAUAAGGGACAUGUACAGGAUAAAAUUGGUACUACUGAGGGAUAAAGGAGAACAGAGGUGCAUAUCAGACGUGUGAUGAUGUACGUAAUGUGUAUAUUAUUCACCGAGAGCUUUACGUUUAGCCUCUUGGGGUUAGGAUAGGCAAGGUUGGGUGUUACCCGACCCAGCGGACUUGUUCAUUGUGAAGUGCCUAGCGGUGGGGUGCCUUCGCAUUCCCUAUUUAUAAACACACAUCCCAUCUAUGGUAAUAAUCAAAAUAGGGCUCGUUCUUUUCUCUCAAGCCUAGACAUGUAUUCUUCUGUAAUCGGUGUUUUUUUAAUGUAAUUUUUGUAGUCCUAAGACGAUAUAUGUCGACGUUAAUUUCUUUUUCGGUAGUCAUGGUGAAAAUUCUGCUCCGUUUCAUUGGGUUAGCUUUGGUAAGGGAUGAUCUUGGUCUAAGCUUCCCUGGUGUGCUGUGGAGGGGUGAAGGGGAGUGUGUUGUGGGGGUACACAGAGCUUUAACUGCACAUGCCUGUAUCCCAGGUGGAGAGUGAGGCACAGAGCACAUCUUCGGACACAGUUGCGAGUCUUUAUCAGAGGCCUUGUUAGUGUGUGUGUGCAUGUUUGUGUAAAUAUGUUACUAACUUGUGUGUGUGUGUGUGUGUGUGUGUGUAUUUGAGUUUUAUUAGCCUUGUCAGUGUGUGUGAAUGUUUAUAUUUGUGUCUGUGUGUGAGUGAUGGAGUGAGUGAAAAGUCUUAGGUUCUGUUGUAUGUGGAGGAAGAAGCAGAUUAUUUGCCUCAUUACUAUUCUUGUCUCAUUCACCAGUGAUCGCCUCUUUAAGCUUUCACUGGGGAGGAUCAGAGAGGGGAGGACGGCUUCCCACGUCUAUUUUUGGAAGAAAUUUACCAGUACAUAGAAUUUUAUAGAUGGCAUUAGAAUUUUGUUACAAUGUUCUUCUUUUCUGUCUUCUAGCCUUCUUUCCACGAGCUAGUCUAAAUGCUUUAUAUCGGCACAGAAGUCUUACAUUUUACAAUUUAAUGUUACUAAUGUACUACUAUUUGCUUCACUUUCCUAUUCUUUUCAGCUUUAUUUUGCUUCUUUUGUGUUUUUAUUAAGGAGUUUCUGGUGGUGUUUUAUUAUGACGGACUACACACACUUGCCAAUGACUCCAGUGACACAUACACUCACACAAACACAUGUACAUUUCCACGUGCAUACACUAAUACAGACUAACAUGAUUUUUACCUCAUCUCAAGCAGGCGACUCGAAGGAAUAACUUAAGUCGCCUGUUCCCGUUUAAGGACACACAACACACGACACACAGCGGAAUACAUCAGACAACAUGAAGGCCCAACAAACAGUGCAUAAUACGUUCACACACAACAACAAAAUCAAAACAUAAACUCCUUCCUCUGCUUGUGUCGCUUCUUCAGAUUUUUACGCAUAUGUACAUAGUUCUCUCGGAAGAUUAUUUUUAUCGUCCUAAUAUAAUUUUCACCUGUAGAGGAUGACCCUAUAUCGCCCUUUGCCGCGUGCUAACACUUCCUGACUCUGAAGCGUCGUCUCGCAGGAGUUGUAUAAAGCCAGUAUUUAUGAUUCUCCGAAGAAAGAUAAUAAAGCCAAUUUUGUA